GAGUUGCAGCAGAAUAAUACAUCUGCGCCCAACCUCUUCAUCAUCAUCAUCAUCUUGUUCUUCUUCUUUUUCCUACAAUGGGGUGUGGCAGUUCGAGGAUGAAUUCUGUUGAAGAGGCCAUGCCUGAAAAAACUCGCCCCCUCUUUUUCCGUCGUUAUGAGGAAAUUACGAAACACAAACAGAGACCGGCAGCCGCCAUGCAAAGAGAAAGCACCCUCUCCAAGAAGAAGCUGCUGAAGGAGGAUGAAGAUAUUAACUCUAACUCUUCCGAUGAAGCUGAAGCAGUGUACAAGCCGCCGAUAACUUCUCCGACGAAGGUUGAACCCACCAACAAAGUGGUCCCGUUACCUGACUCAGACACAGAAUAUGAAACUUCCACAGAAUCAGACGAUCACAAUGGCAACAACACCACAAAACAAACACCCCAUGAAAAAGAGAUAGAUGCCGAACACGACAAAGAUACUCGAGAAGCACAAGCAGAGAAUGAACAUGAGCUGGCAGAUGAGAAAAACAAUGAUGUUGAUGAUUUUGAUUUUGGCAGACUCGUUUGUCCGGGUUCCCCGAGCUUUAGAAUUUAUUGCCUUCCUCCCCAGAAUGACAAGGCCGAGAAUAAGAGCCAAGAAAUGGCCACUCACCAGAAAUCAAGCAGUGUUGAGAGCGUGCAAAGCCCUGCUUCUGGGCACGUCAAGACACCGAGUGUUGACAGUAUACGUAGUGCUGCAUCAUCACAGAACUCAAAAAUCUUCAACGAGUGCGCUGAAACACAAUCAACUACCAAGAGAAGAACAAACAGAAAGAAGAAAUUCCGGGAUGUGAAGAAUAUACUCGUUGUUAAAUCAUUAUACGCGAGUUGCUCAUGCACUGGGGCUGACAGAAAUCGUCUUGUUGCUGCGAAAGCAAUGAAAUGACAGUGACAUUGUAUAGAUGUUAGAAAGAAUGAAGACAGCCAACCUAUACUCAAUAUUUCAUUUUGUUCCCGAGUUCCCCUCAUCAGGAGGAUUAUUAGGGAGCAUGCCAGUAUCAAUAAUACAUACAACAUAAGUAGCUUGUCUUUACUCCUCAUGUAAUGCAUAUUACGUUUUCAAAUGUU